AUUUUUUUGUUUUUACAGAUUGGAUCGCUUCCAAACCAUUUUUUAUUCAAACCUAGGGAUCAUCCCAGGAGAUCGCGGAGAAGUGCCCCACACAUUACAAAGCGGUUGUAUGAUGAUAACCGGGUCUCGUGGGCAGAACAGCAGUAUAUCAAGCAAAGAACUAAACGAGGCUUUGUGAUGAAGACAGAUUCAGAAGACCUUUUUAAUGAUCCUUUGUGGACAAAACAGUGGUAUUUGAGAGACACAAGAGUCAACCCAAAGUUGCCAAAGCUGGAUUUACAUCUCAUACCAGCCUGGAGGAAGGGAAUAACUGGGAAAGGCAGUGUUGUAACCGUUCUUGAUGAUGGGCUGGAAUGGAACCAUACAGAUAUCUAUGCAAACUAUGAUCCAGAAGCAAGUUAUGACUUUAAUGAUAAUGACAAAGACCCGUUCCCAAGAUACGACAUUACAAAUGAGAACAAACAUGGAACGAGAUGUGCAGGAGAAAUUGCAAUGGUUGCAAACAACCACAAAUGUGGAGUUGGUGUUGCUUUUAAUGCCAAAGUAGGAGGGAUUCGGAUGUUAGAUGGAGUUGUCACUGAUGCCAUUGAAGCCAGCUCCAUUGGAUUUAAUCCUCAGCAUGUAGAUAUUUACAGUGCUAGCUGGGGACCAAAUGAUGAUGGAAAAACAGUAGAAGGCCCUGGUAGAUUAGCAGAAAAGGCCUUUGAGUAUGGCAUCAAACAGGGGCGAAAUGGAAAAGGCUCAAUUUUUGUUUGGGCUUCCGGUAAUGGUGGCAGACAGGGAGAUAACUGUGACUGCGAUGGAUACACAGACAGUAUUUACACCAUCUCAAUCAGCAGUGCAUCACAGCAAGGACUGUCUCCCUGGUAUGCAGAAAAAUGUUCCUCCACAAUAGCCACAGCCUACAGCAGUGGAGACUACACUGACCAGAGAAUUAUAAGUGCUGAUCUACAUAAUGAUUGCACAGAAACACAUACUGGCACCUCUGCUUCUGCUCCAUUGGCUGCUGGGAUCUUCGCUCUUGCUCUGGAACAAAAUCCUAACCUCACAUGGAGGGAUAUGCAACACCUGGUUGUCUGGACAAGUGAGUACGAUCCUCUAGCUAAUAAUCCUGGCUGGAAGAAGAAUGGAGCAGGUCUUAUGGUCAACAGUCGCUUUGGGUUUGGACUACUCAAUGCUAAGGCCCUUGUGGAUUUAGCUGAUCCUAAAACAUGGAAAACUGUCCCUGAGAAAAAAAUCUGCAUAAUUAAAGACAGUGACUUCACCCCCAGGCUUUUUAGAUCUGUGGAUGAAAUUACAAUUGAGAUCCCCACAAAGGCAUGUGAAGGCCAAGAUAAUUAUAUCAAGUCUCUGGAACAUUUACAACUGGAAGCCACUAUCGAGUAUACACGCCGAGGAGAUCUUCAUAUUACACUAACUUCCCCAUCAGGAACCAAGACAGUCCUCUUGACUGAAAGAGAAAGAGACACAUCAACCAAUGGUUUCAAAAACUGGGCUUUUAUGUCUGUCCAUACCUGGGGAGAAAAUCCGGCAGGAACCUGGACUGUAAAAAUCACUGAUGUGUCUAAACGAUUGGAAAACGAAGGAAGAAUAGUUAACUGGAAGCUGAUUCUACAUGGAACAUCUACCAGUCCAGACCACAUGACAAAUCCCAGAGUAUAUACUUCUUACAAUGUGGUUCAGAAUGACCGAAGAGGUGUGGAAAAGAUUACAAACGUUGAUAAGGAAUCUUCCAAUGAUCAAUUAGUGACAGAGAAACCUACAGAAAAUGAUGAAAAUUAUGAAAUGGAGGAUCCUGUGAAAUCAAAAGCCAUGCUACAUCUUCUGAAGAAUGCUUUUGACAGAGAAGGUGCUGCAUUUGCAGAGGAACAUGCUAAUAUUCCUAAGACCCAUUAUUAUCAUGCUCUGCAAAAACUUUACAAGCAGUCAGGUACACAAGACAAGGGGAACAAUCUAUACAAUGACUAUAUUGACCGAUUCUAUAAUAGAAGACCCUAUAAGCAUAGAGAUGAUCGAUUAUUGCAAGCUCUCCUGAAUAUUGUAGACAAGGAUUCAUAG